UCCUCACUCAUAUUUCACAGGAUGCGACAGGAAGGGAAAUACAAUCGAAUCCGACGGCCGUGGUAAAUUUGACUCGAAUCCUUCGUAUGCCCUGGGGCUGAGGUGGGUGCCUCUCAGAUAAGCAAUCUAAUCAGCUUUGCACUUGUGUCCCGUCUGGAAACAGAUUGUUGCCGGAGUACAUCACCACCUGAGAAGCAAGCUUCAGUUAAUUCGCUCAGCCGAGGCGAUUUCAUGCGAGAAUGCAGUCCUCAAACAAGGACGAUUGCACUGCCUGUGGCACGCAUAUGCAUGGUGCCUGCCCGGCAGAUCGGCUGCUGCGACAAAGAGCCAUGAACCACCCCAGACAUAUGGGCAAGAUAAGGAAGAGGCUGGAGGAUAUCAAGAACCAGUCCCUGAAGUUGACAAAAGUGGAUUUCAGCCACAACGAAAGCGUAAGAUUGGCCACUGACGCCUUCUUGGAUGGUGGGAGAGACUCUUACCUCGAAACUCUAAGCAGAGAGGGUGAGGUGGAUUUCCUCUCCUCGGUGGAAGCUCAGUACAUCAAGGAUAACGCCAGAGAGUCCUAUUAUGCACAGGAGACCCCCGGUGCCGACGGGGCAGCCGCGCCAAAGCAGAAUGACGCUGGGUCACUCCCUUCAGGGACCUACUUCCCCACCAUUUCUGACAACAGUGAGCCGGCUCUGCUCCACACAUGGAUUACAGCAGAGAAGCCCUAUUUAAAGGAAAAAUCCACCGCCACUGUGUAUUUCCAAACAGAGAAGAACAGCAACAUUAGAGACAUCAUACGCCGGUACAUCCACAAGACCACUCAGGUGUUAGCUAUCGUGAUGGAUGUGUUCACAGACACUGAGAUUCUUUGUGACCUCCUGGAGGCAGCUAACAAGCGCAUGGUCUUUGUCUACCUGCUGCUCGAUCAUGGCAGUAUAGAUCUUUUCUCGGAGAUGUGCGACAAGUUGCAAAUUGCUGAGGAUCUCUUCAAGAAUAUUUCAGUCCGCAGUGUUACUGGAGAGGUUUACUGUGCCAAGUCAGGGAGGAAAUUUUCAGGACAAAUUCGAGAAAAAUUUCUUAUCUCUGACUGGAGAUACGUGCUAUCUGGAUCUUACAGCUUCACGUGGCUGUGUGGCCAGGUUCACCGCAACCUCCUCUCCAAGUUCACGGGCCAGGUUGUGGAGCUGUUUGACGAGGAGUUCCGGCACCUGUACGCGCUGUCCAAGCCCGUGCGGGGCCCCAAGACCCCUCCGCGCAGCCUUCCCUUCCUGUUCAGCCGGAGCUGGGCCCCCCUGCGCAGCCUCCCCUACAGUGACGAGGGAAGUGCCAACACCCUCUCUGACCCCCUGAGCAGCCUCUCCGCUGGCAGCACCCACCAGAGCAAGCAGACCCCAAGAACUCCCAUGUUCAACAGCAACUUCACCCCCCAGUCACCUCUCCAGCGAGUCAAUUCCUUCCACAGCUACGUCUCAUUCACUCCCCCGCCUGCACAGAAGGCCAUCCAACCUAACUACUAUCAGCCACACUACAUGGCUGAGAACUCCACAGUGCCCUAUAACAACAUGAACAUUUACAGACCUAUAAGGCUCAGGCAAGAGGAACCGAACAGGACAGGGUUAAGUUCAUCCUGGAGAUGCCUCCACAAAGCUAACCUGUUUGCAUAA